AUGGGGAAGCAGAACAGCAAACUAAAGCCUGAGGUCUUGGAGGAUUUGAAACAGAACACUGAAUUUUCAGAUGCAGAAAUACAGGAGUGGUACAAGGGUUUCUUGAAAGAUUGUCCCAGCGGGCAUUUAUCCGUUGAAGAAUUUAAAAAAAUAUAUGGCAACUUCUUUCCCUACGGGGAUGCCAGUAAGUUCGCUGAGCACGUGUUCCGGACCUUCGACGCCAACGGCGACGGGACCAUAGACUUCCGGGAGUUCCUGUGCGCGCUGAGCGUCACGUCGCGCGGCAAGCUGGAGCAGAAGCUCAAGUGGGCCUUCUCCAUGUACGACCUGGACGGCAACGGGUACAUUUCGCGACAGGAGAUGCUGGAGAUCGUCACUGCCAUUUACAAGAUGGUCGGUUCCGUGAUGAAGAUGCCGGAGGACGAGUCGACUCCUGAGAAGCGGACGGACAAGAUAUUCCGCCAGAUGGACAGGAACAAGGACGGGAAGCUGUCGCUCGAGGAGUUCAUAGAGGGCGCCAAGAGCGACCCCUCAAUCGUGAGACUGCUACAGUGCGACCCCCAGUCACAG